UUUUGAAGUGGAAUUAUUCGUCAACUUUGAUUGCGAUCUCUACUCUGCCAAUGUCCUUUCUGAUAUCCUUUGCUUUCUUUCCCGUCGCUCCUUAAAUGCAGGCGCUAUUACAGGCUCUUUACGCUUUUUAUUUCUGGAGACACUUCAUUUAAUUCUCGAAAAAAUUGAACUGAGAUCUGCCAAGCAAAAAGCGCUUUCGUCCGCGCAAAAAUUCUCGGAAGGUUCUCGGCCCGCACCCCCCUAUUCUAUGUUGCCUACUUUGGAAUCAAUUACGGCACUUCGGAAGCAAAAAGAGGUGCUGGCGCAAGCAGUAAAGCUUUUUAACAAGAGACCUCAAGAAGGCGUAGAGUUUAUGAUAAAACACUCGUUGGUUGCAAGCCCUUCCUCAAGCAGAAGUGACUAUGAAGACGGCCUCAUCGCGCUGUUUAUUAAAUUACCGCAAUUAAAAAAGUCUCGAAUAGGGGAGUACCUCGGGAGCCCAGAAAACAAGCAGCUAAUUUACGCUUAUGCACGCCUAUUUGACUUCAGGCGGGAGCGCUGUGACCAAUCACUUCGCCGAUUUUUACAAGGAUUUCGACUGCCCGGCGAAUCACAAGUUAUAUACCGCUUCAUGGAGAGCUUUUCGGCUAUUUACUAUAGCAUGAAUAAAGAUGCGUUUGCUAACGAGGACGCCGUCCUAGCUCACGCGUACGCCAUCAUCAUGCUAAAUGUUGAUCAGCACAGCAGACAAAUAAGGAACAAAAUGACCGUUGAAGAGUUUAUACAAAACCAAAAAGGCAUCAAUAGCGGAAGCGAUUUGGAUCGUGACUACUUAAUUGGGAUCUAUAACUCCAUUAGGGAAAGCGAGAUUGUUAUAUCCGACCAACUUACCGGCCAAGCUGCCGAGGAUUACGAGUGGGAACAAGUGCUUCUUAAAAGUCAAGAUGUAACCUCUUCAAAGUACGUUAUGGCCGCCACUGACCUGUAUGAUAGUGAGCUUUAUGAAGUGGUGUGUGGUCCCGCUGUUGAAGCGUUUCUGGGAGCUUUUGAUUCUACCGCCGAUUCCGAUUCUAUUCAGCUUUCCGUCAGCGGUCUUCGCCUUUGUGCUGCGCUGGCAGCUCAUUUUCAAAACAGCCGCGUAUUUGACACUCUAAUAUCGUCCCUCAGUGAUGCAACUUCUCUUUGUACCGAAAAAACUGAUUUGAACUUUAGUACGCUUGCCUGUAAUUUCGGCAUGGACCAUAAAGGCCAGCUCGCUGCCGUUACUUUGUUUUCAUUGGUGAGAGAGCACGGUAGCGUUAUGAGAACCAGUUGGGAGAAUGUUAUCCGCUGCGUCCAGCAACUCUUCUUUGCGCGGCUUCUCCCCGAAAAUCUUCUGCUUUUGCACGAUUUAAGUUCUAACAAAAAAGUGUUGCUGCAGCAAGCACCAAUGGAAAGCUACAACCAGCAUGGCGGCAUCUUCGCUUCUCUGGCUUAUUAUUUAAGCACUCAUGAGGUCACAAUAGCAGAAGCUCAAAAGAAAAAAAACCUGAGAGAAGCCGCUGAGGAGUGCGUGCGGUUGUGUCGUAUUCCUGAAAUAUUUUUAAGCUCCAGCAAAUUGGAGUCGACGUCCUUUGAAUAUUUUUAUAAGGCACUCUUUUCUUCUUUGAGCCUACCCGUAAAAUGCAUUUCGGCGCCACAAAAUAAAGUGCACAAAGCACCGUCUUCGCAUGAUACUUUAAAGAGUCGAGUCUAUCAGCUCGCUCAGGAGGAGUCGAAAAUUCUAUUUCUUGAAUUAUUAACAAACACAAUUUUAGACAACGAGAAGCGCCCGACGCUACCGGAUUUAAGUGCUCUUAGCCACUUAGCAUCAAUCAUUGAGACUUGUACGGCUAACCAAAGAAGACUGAAAGAACGGGCGGUUGUUUGUUAUCUGCGCCUGUGCGCUAGUUGGUACCCAACGAAGGAGUUAACGCCAGUCAAUUUUAUAGCGUAUAUGAAGGUGUUAAACGCUGUGGACUCUGGGGACACCUCGCUGCUCCUUCAAAUGUUCGGUGGCAUUCUCCAUUUCAUCUCCAUAAAUGGCCAUUUAAUUGAAAGCAAGGCAGAAUGGGAGAUACUAUUGUCGCUUUCAGUAGUCGACUCGUUCUUGUUAAGCCACGAAAAUAGCGUUGCCUUGGCUAUACUGAAAUGCAUUGUCGAUAAGUUUAUAAACGUCUUCAGUUUUGAGCCAUUCGUCAGGGAAGUUGCUCGCUUUAUUACUAACUUUAAGUCCGAAUUAUCCCGUCAAAAGCGCCCCACAUGCUACCAGCAAAGCCCCUUAUAUUUCUUUAACCUUUGCCUGGAAGCAACUUCUCGCGCUCUGUCAAUCUGCUCAUCAGCCGAUGUCUGGCCUGUUUUCAAUCGAACACUUCUCGAAACUUUUGCCAAGAUGACCCGCUACAGCGACAGGUCGAUUCGAAUGAACGCACUUUCUCUCAUCCAGCGCGCACUGCUGCUACCAUCGUGCAGAAAAAUGACGAAAGAGCAGUGGCGUCAAUGUUUUUACGAGAUUUUGUUCCCGGUGCUAGAAGCGCUUUUAUCUUCCGACAUGGACGAGGUGGACCCGGAGGCCAUCGAUGAAAGCCGGUUUCAGGCGGCUAACCUGCUCUGCAAAACUUGCCUGACGCACAUACAGGAAUUGCUCCUUCUUGAAGACUUUUUUUCUCUGUGGAAGACUGUAUUAGAAUACCUGGAACAGUGUUCGAGUGAAAAUAAUAGCCUUUAUUUGAGAGAAUCCGUUUUAGAAUCCCUAAAGAAUAUGCUAUUUGUCCUGGUGGAUAACGGUUUCUUGCAAAGCGGGUCGCCAGAAGGCGAAACAGAGUUGACUAAGCAAACUCUGUCUGAAGUGACAUGGGCAAAAGUGAACGGCUUUAUGCCUCAGUUAAGAGAGGAGCUUCUCAUGCAGGCACUCUUACCUGCUAAAGGUUUGCAACAGGUCAUAAGUGUAACCGCUGCGUCUUUACAAGUCGGAAAAUGUUUAGCACCCGAAGCAGGAGUACACCAGGAGAGUCAUGAAGAAAAGUUGGAAGUGACAGCUUUCCCCGAAGGAAGUAAUCUUGUUCCCAAAGAGUGCCUUUAAAAUUGAAUGACUGGUUACCUAAGCUUCGGCCUGAUUGUCAGUCGAAUAAGAUUGCCUACUUCGAAUUAAUCAGGCGAUCUUACAGAUAAUAAAGAAGUUUUACGAGGCA